UCAAAUGAAUGGUUGAUACCAGUCAAUGGCUGCUGAUGAGGGAAUCUGACAUUCUGGUCCACGCUCCAUACCAGUUGAUGGCGGUAAUGUAUCAUUUUUGUUGUUUGCCAACAGCCAAUAAACAUCAAAAAAGAAGAAGAAGAGGGAAUCUGAUUCAGGUGUGUGGGGAACAGAAGGACCUAAAAGCUGCAGGGUGGAAUCUCUCAAGCUUCAUCGAUGCGCCAAGAUGACGCACAUCUCCGCUCUCCUGGCUCUCACUGUAACAUCAGCUCUCCUGGGCUGCACGGCCGCGCGAGCCUCCAUCCACUGCAGCUGGUCCAAAGUUUCUUCCAACGGCCAACUGGACGUCAGCUUCCUCCGGGGGGAUCCGCACGGCAGCGCCGCGGCACCGCGCCUGUACCACGGCGUCUGGUCCGGGGAGCGCGCUCUGCUCGGCUGCACCUGGAGUGAUGACGCAGCGCUGAUCCAGAGCUACCUGUCUGCGUGCCGGGGGCGCACGCGGGAAUUUAACGACCGCGCGGAGGAAACGUUGGAUCUGGAGUCUUUGUUUGACGCGGAUCGGUGCGUCUCUCUGGCCUCUCCGAGCUUUGCUAAUCUCCCGGAGCGCACAGCAGGGAGACACGUGAGGAGCCUCGGAGAUCAAAGUGAAGGUGAAAGGUCAGAGGUUAGGAUACACGCGCGUGUAAAGCGCGGAUUUAUCGUACCCGGGACUCUGUGGUGCGGCUCUGGCAACAAAGCGCCAUCAUACGCAGAUUUAGGUGUGUUUUCAGACACAGACAGCUGCUGCAGGGAGCAUGACCAGUGCAAACACACCAUCCUGUCCUUCCAGUCCGACUUCGGCGUCUUCAACAGCAACAUCUUUACCAUGUCCCACUGCGACUGCGACAACAAGUUUCGCAGCUGCCUGAUGGAGGCGAACGACAGCAUAGCUGACGUGGUGGGCUACACCUUCUUCAACCUGUUGAAGAUGCAUUGCUUCACCUUUUCUCACCAACUCCAGUGCGCCGAGAGGAACUGGUUCGGAAUGUGUAAAAAGACUCAGAUGGCGCUUCACGCUGACGUCCACUCGCCCACGCUGUACGAGUCCAGUGAGUCCCAAGAGGGCUGCGUCAACAGCACCUGCUCCGACAUCAACUCCACCGCAUCUGCACAACUCCAGGAAACAAACGCGUCUCGUCCGCAUCUGCUGUCCUCCGCCGCUGCCACGGACACGGUCCCCGCAUCCUCUCCCACUCCCUCCGUCACCGCAGCAACCGACUCAACGAACUCCACAGACGCCGAGGCGUCAGCAUCGACUGUGAGGAGAGAUGGCCUGGGGAAUGUUGUACCCUCCACGCCGGUCGCUGUGGUUGGGCAGCACAACGCCGUUACAGAGGAGGACAGGUCUUGUGUUCUGUACAAAGAACUUGAUGAGUGCAAGAACAAGAUCCUACCGCAGCAAAGGAAAUAUGGCCUCCACAACACGGAGACAGGAACGCUUUAUCACUGCAACUGCACCGCCAGACUGUUCCACUCUCUGACUCAACAGAGACAACUGAGCAAAGUGGAGACUCUUCUGAUUGGACACGUGUCUCAGUCCUGCUUCCUGCCCCAGGACUGCGCAUCAAGCAGCAACUGCACUUCGACCGUGGUUAAAGCAGAACUUCCUCGGCUGGACCCAACGAGUGUUGAAGUGGCGAAGCAGCGCCAUCUGCAGGCAGAGAGACGGAGGGGCAGGAGGCCAGACACGACGAAAGCGAAGAGGAAAGACCGAGCCGUGAGACUUUACAAACUGUGUGUGAGAAUGACUCGACCCAAACAAACCGGGAAGAACAGAAAACAAGUCCAAAGCACAGAACCGCCUCGUAUCACAGGAACUCGGGUCAACUGAACGGCCGGUAACAGGGAGGAAAAAAGACAUUGUGAAAUAAAUGAUUAAAAACUGUUUUAUAGGAUUUGAUUCAAACAAAGGAACAAAUUUCAGCUAUUAUAAAUUCUAUUUUUUUUCCCUCUGUGAAAGAUUAUUUGUCAGUUUAAUGUGACUGGACUGUGAGGUAAUUAUUUUAAUCAUUUUCUGACUUAACAGGAAAGUUCCAUAUUAAAAGCCAGACAGAUCAGUAACUACCUCAAGUAAACACUAGGCUUUACAUUUUUUCCUUUGUUUAUAGAGCUGAGGGGGGAAAAAAAAUCAACGUUCAGAAUUCAGCAAAAUUAAGUUUUAGUUGCUUAUACAAAUCAACCUUUAGCAAAUCAUUAUUAUUCUUAUUUCAGCGAUAAUUAGAUUUUAGGUUGAAACAUUAAAUCAAACAACUGAACAUGGAAAACUUACAGACAUAAUUUCCAAGCCAACGCUGUUGAAUAAUAAUCAGCGGAGUUCAUCCUUCUGGAAAUGCAUGCUGUGUUGCCUCAUGACCACGAGGGGGCGGUGGUUUCCAAACUUUGAAACCACAAUCUUUAAUCGGCUCUUAGGCUGACAACAAAACAAGUCGUUUUUCUUCUAUUCUGUUCUUAUAGCAACAUUUCCCCCCAAGCAAUGUAUUUUAGUAAGAAAAAAUUUAUAAAGAAAUAAAAUAAGAAACCGGGAUACAAAGAUUUUCACAAUAAAGGUUGAAUUGAAUUUUUUUUCUCAACAUUUCUAAGAUAACAGGCAGAUAUUUAUUUCACAAUGUCUUAUGUUUUAUUAAGUUAUGGAAACUUCUUUGGGACCCUACAAAAUAUUGCACUAUUAUAUAUUUAUUUGCUCAACCUUUGAGUCACUGUGGAGCUUAAGCCAAACUCCUUCUAGAAUCUGGGAAAUGUAGUUCUUUAGUGAAAUGUAGCAGAAUUUAUUUCUGAGACGAAAACUGAACCUGAGGAUGGUUCACAUCUUUACUGCUAUACUUCAUAUAACGUGUUCAUCUCCUCCAGAUCUGGUGUCUUUCUCUCCCUAGUUGGUUCGAAAAUGUGAAAAAUGACAGCGGCUUCAAAAAUGUUCACACUCCUGUUACUACGCCACCUGUUGGUGAUGUGAGAAAAAAAAAUAAUAAAAAAAGUAACCAUACAUCCUUUCAAAGGUUUUUCAGAUAAUGUGACAUUCAUUAAGUGGAGUUCAACUGAAAAACAAAUCUGUCAGAAAAAAACAAAAAACAGACCUAUUCGAUUAUGAGGGCAAUUUUAACUCCGGCCUUUGACUAGGCCAUCCCAGAACUUUAAUAUUCCCCUAAUAAAGUAUUUAUUUUUCUUGAGCUUCAUCCACCUUGAUUGUAUUUAAAGUAAAGUAAUCUCAGAACAUGAUCCUGCCACUACCAUCCUUUGCUGUUGGAAUAACAAUUCCGAAUGAAUAACUUUUCUCCAAAAAGCUGCACAGGAUAAAUGUCACAUGAUAUGUGGGGGAAAAAAAGUUAUGUACUCAUUUUUCCUUUAAAAAAAAAUCUUUUGUGAACACGUUUGAUAGCUGCUGUCUGUCUGUAGCCCAGCUCCUAGAAGCGCACGUUGAAGUUGUAUUUGUACAGAAUUUUUGUGAAAGCCUUUGUAAAUUUUGGUUGGUGUUGCAAUGAACUGGAAAUCAUUUGUAAAUACUUGUACAUGAGAAGCACUCAUAAAAGUUGAGAUUUAUGAACAUAAAAAA